AUGAGCACCUCAGGGCCUCAGGACUCCAACCGGCAGAACGUGAAGGAGCUCGACAGCAUGAAGGAGUCCAUCAGCGACAUCAUCAACCAGCUCCAGGACAUCGACCCGGCCCGGCUCUCCUUCUCCCCCUUCCUGGACCUGGACACGCAGAUCUCUUUGGCGCCUGUGUCCGACAGCCCCGAGUCCUCCAUGGAGGAGCUGCACUCGUCCUCCCACUCCGUCUCCGGCUCCCAGCGCUCCCUCGAACCACCACCAGCCACGCAUCAGCCAAAGAGCUCUGCUCCCUGCCACCACCCCCCCGGCGAGGGCCUCCCAGAGGAGCCACAGGCGGAUCAGACGGAGGAGGGGGAACCGGAUCAAACUCUUUCCAGUCCCAUCAUCACAGAGCACAACUUGGACGCCGCCACGGAAAACUGCAUCAGCCCUCCAGCCCCGGCCUCUCAGGGAAACCUCCCCAACGGCACAGACGCCCCGAGAUGGAGCCCGGAGUCCACCCGUCUGGACUGCACUGCUGACGAGGGCCGGCCCCUGAUAGGCCCCCCCCCGGAGAGCGUGGAGCUGACAGUGUGGAGCUCGCAGGGGGGGGGAGAGACAUGCGAGGCCACGGCGGGGGGGGCGGAGCCGGGACAAUGCUGCUGCCGCUGCUGCCAGUGUAAAUGCUGCCAGAGCGGCCGAGUCCCUGCUGCCGCCUCAGUCCUGGCCUCUCUGCUGUGUGCAGCCGGGGUCCUCUAUGCACUCUAUUUCUACGUCCCCAUCAAGCCCCCCGACUGCCCCGACCUGGCCAGCCGCGUCAUCUUCGCCCUCUGCUGCUGCGUGGUGGCAGCCGUCCCCAUCCUGCUCGCGAUGCUCACGGGCGCGGCCUGCCAGUUCUGCACCGGCUCCUUCCGCCUGCAGGAGACUUUCCCGAGAGGACGGGCCGUUCAGCAGCUGUUCGUCACAGCCUCGUCGGAGCAGCUACUCCUCUACGUCCUCAACCUCGUCGUCAUGGCCGCUUUGCUGCCUCAAGACCAGCUGAAGUUGGUUCCCAUAAUGGUUGCCAUGUUCAUUUUUGGAAGGCUUGUUUACUGGGUCAGCCUGAACGUGUGCAGCUCCUGGCGAGGCUUCGGCUCCGGCCUGACCGUCUUCCCGCUCCUCGCCAUGGUGGCUCUCAAUCUGUUCCUCAUGUACAUGCAGCAUCUCAAAGAGCCACUCUUUGGCUCGCAGGACGUCCUCUAUAAUCAGGUCACCCCCUCUUCCUGGUCAGGGGAGACAUCACAGAGCGCGAGUGGCAAACCAGACAUCCUACCCACAGACAUCCUGGACUCUCAGUGA